AUACGGAGUGUGCGGUAAUUGCGCGUAGUCGUAGGUUGGGCGGGGUGCUCGCGCUGCUGCGGAUAACGUUGUGCGUGAGGAAGGACAUGGCUGCAGUAUAUCUGACACGACAGGAGAAAGAGGAGAAAAAGAAGUUCUCGCUGGAGAGGCGGAAAAAGCUGCAGUCGAUUCGAGUCGUAGCUAUAAAGAAGGGAGUGCUGAUUCAUGAGGUGGACGAAGGCAGCGCUUGUCUUAACUGUGGUGAUGCCUGUCCUGGAUUCUCUCUCCACUUUUGGAGGAAGGUGUGUAAGGACUGCCUGUGCCCAAGAGAAGAUCAUGAUAUCCGAGAGGACGCAGGAGGUCUACCAGGGAGAGUGUCAGUCGGGAAAAUCCUAUUCUCUCCCGAUGUGGAAACUACGACAAGACGAAGCGGCGACGCUCCGGGCUCACCAAAGCGUCCACUGAGUGGCAGAUCAGCCAGCGGAGAAAGCCCAAGUAUUCUCAGGAAACUACACAACUACAUUUGGACACCUAAAGGCUGCUCAGUUGAAGAGGCAGAGGCGUAUUUCAAGGGGCUUCCGGCGGCCAAGGCGCCAGUCCGCGGGACUCCCGGAGAAAAAUACCACCAGAAACAGCUCAUUCGACAGCUCCCGGCCCACGACGUGGACCUGAUGUACUGCAACGAACUGAGUCAGGAGGAAGCCAAACAGAUGGAGCUGUUUGCCAGGAUGAGGAAGGAGAAGUGCGUCGGACGUGGGGAAGUCAGAACCAAGAACGACGGGACCACUUGGAAAUGUGAGAAGUGUACUGAGGAGAUCAAGAUAGGCGAGGUGGUGGUGAUGUCUGGUCGAGUGGGGCCCCGGAGUGUCUGGCACCCUGCCUGCUUCACCUGCAAUGACUGCAACGAACUCCUCGUGGACCUGAUAUACUUCUACCACGAGGGAGAUGGAAAGGUGUACUGCGGGAGACACCACGCCCAGAAAAUCAAGCCCAGAUGUGCAGCUUGCGAUGAGUUGAUAGUGUGUCGUGAGUACACCCGUGCAGAGGAUCAGGACUGGCACCUCGACCAUUUCUGCUGUCUCUACUGCGACCAGGGCCUCGGGGGGAAACAGUACAGACCCCAGAACGGACAGCCAUACUGCCUCGAGUGCUUCGAGGUAGCUUUCUCUUCAAUAUGUGAGACCUGUGGUAAUCAGGUGACCUUGGACCAGCCUCGACUCAAGCACGAGGACCUAAUCUGGCACGGCACGGACGAGUGCUUCGUGUGUGCCUUCUGCUCCCUCUCCCUCCUCGGCCAGCCAUAUCUCCCUCGCCACGGGAAGGUCUUCUGCAGCAAAGACCACGCCAAGCAAUUCAAAUCCAAGUCAAAGAAAAACAAAGCUUAGCUAUGACUUCAUUUCUAAUAGCCACACACAAGAACACAGUGCAUAGAAUGAUCUUCCACAUGAUAUGCUACACUAAACGUAUACAUUUUGCUAUGUUUAUUGCAGCAAG